AUGGCCUCCAGCAUGGGCAGAUGUCUCAGCUCUUUGCUGUUCCUCGGCACUGCCUUUGGAGCUACAAUCCCCAGCAAUGACGGAUUCCCUAACCCGAGUGACCAACAGAAACUGGUUAUAGGGCAGGAAGCUAAUGGUCUUCUGCCAAACUCACCUCUUCCAACAUCUCUUGGGGCGGGAAGCACGACAGCCUUUCAACUCAUCGCGUUCAAUGAGUUGUUUGAGACUGCCUAUUUUAACCCACUGCUGCAAAAUAUUACCGACGAAGUGGAUGGCUACCAAGUAGAGAAUAAAGACGAGCUAGUAAAGAUAUUCACAACUAUUCGGGCUCAAGAAGAAGAGCAUGCCCUCGGGGCUGUAUCUAUCCUUCAGUCGGCAAAAGCCUUUGCUCCGUCUGCCUGCCAGUACCAAUUUCCGGUCACGAACCUCACCGAGGCUCUCAUCUCAUCUGUCAUCGGUCAAGAGGGCGAACAAAACGGCGAUUAUCGCAUCUUCAUGAAGGAAGUGCCAUCUGAGUCUGCCUUCUUAACAGCUACGCCUGCGGCAUUUGCGUUGUCAGCCCUGCAAAUGUUCAUCGUUCCAGACUCAUGUCCCUUCCCUCUGUCCAACAUUGCAUUGCCCAUAUUCCCUCCGCUCAUGUCGAAUGGCGGACCUACCGCAGCUGUGGCGGCGAAUGACCAGACUAUCUCUUUCUCGGCGGAUCUCUCCAAAUCGGAUGCUGCGAAGCAAUACCUUGGCACCAAUGGUGCUGGUCUUUACCUUACAUACAUUACUGGACAGCAACUACCCAUCUCAGUGGAGCUUAGCAAUGUCAAAUGGUGCGACAGCGAGAUUCAAUUUGAAGCAAACUUUCCGUUUGCAGAGAAUCUCAUGUAUGGACUCAGUCUGGCAGCACUAACUACUGCCAACAAGUUCGACACCGCGGAAGCCGUGGCAAAUAGCACUCUUGCCGCGCCGGCUAUCAUUCAAGUUAGUAACAUGAUUUAG